AUGGCGACCAUCUCUACAGCCCUCGCCAUCUCCUUCUUCCCAUCCCCAACUCGCUUCGCCGUCGCCACUACGUCCUCUGCUUCCUCGCGCAUCAAGAGAGCCGCGCGCUUCAGGUGCUGCGCGGAGUCUUCUUCCCAGGAGCAGGAGACCUCCUCCGCCCCUCCCGCCCCGCCGCCGGAGAAACCCGCAAGAUCGCCCCCUUCGUCUCUGCUGGGCAUUUCCACGAGCACCUGGUCUGCAGGUGUCGCUGGGCUGGGGUUCCUGGAGACUGGCUACCUCACUUACCUCAAGCUCACGGGCUCCGAGGCGUUCUGCCCCAUCACUGGCGCAGGCUGCGGCGACGUCCUCGACAGCGACUACUCCGUCGUCUUUGGAAUACCUCUUCCCUUAUUUGGUCUGGUGACUUAUGGUUUAGUUACUGCACUUUCUCUGCAAGAAAAUGGAAAGGACUUGCUCCCGGGAUCGGAUGACCUGGAUAUUAGAUUAAUAUUGCUUCUGACUGCUACUUCUAUGGCGACUGCGAGUGCUUAUUUUCUUUACAUUCUAAGCACUAAAUUUGUUGGGGUAUCUUGUUCGUACUGUUUGCUGUCAGCAUUUCUCUCGUUCACUCUACUCUUCAUCAGAGUUAAGGACUUCGGUUUUGAACGUAUCCAGAAGUUUGCUGGUAUUCAGUUAGCUGUAGCUGUCAUUAUAGCUCUUGCUUUGACAAACUCAUACAGUUCUACUACUACUCAAUUGAAAGGCACAGAUGACUUUUUGUUAGAACCAUAUGAAACAGAGAUAACAACUGAAUCAUCCCCAUUUGCUAUUGCACUGGCUAGACAUUUGCACUCUAUAGGUGCUAAGAUGUACGGAGCAUUCUGGUGUUCUCAUUGCAAUGAACAAAAACAGAUGUUUGGUCGUGAAGCUACAAAAAUUCUGGACUAUGUGGAAUGUUUCCCAAAUGGAGCUGGUAAGGGAAAGAAAAUGACUGCAGAAUGUGCAGCUGCUGAUCUUGAAGGUUUUCCAACAUGGUUCAUCAAUGGAAAGGUUCUGAGCGGUGACCAGGAGCUUGAAGUUCUGGCAGAAGCAUCAGGCUUCGUUGCUGAGGCACAGAACAAACCACGGAAAUAUCGCCAAAUUGAUAUUUAG